AUGGUAGAAGAAAAAGGGUUCGUGCUUUUGCUCUAUGGUGCUUCCCAACACAAGUUGAGGUCUAUGAUGUUUUAUACCACAUUGUUGUUUCCCAUGAUGUUGGUUCUUUCUCCAUUUGCAUUUUCACUCACUGAAGAAGGACAAGCAUUAAUGGCAAUGAAGUCUUCGUUCAACAACAUUGCUGACGUUCUUCUUGACUGGGAUGAUGUGCAUAAUGACGACUUUUGUUCAUGGCGUGGAGUUUUUUGUGAUAAUGUCACUCUUACUUUAACAGUGGUUUCUCUGAAUUUGUCAAGCUUGAAUCUUGGUGGUGAAAUAUCGCCAGCAAUUGGAGAUUUAAGAAACUUGCAAUCCAUAGACCUGCAAGGAAAUAAGCUUACUGGUCAAAUCCCCGAUGAAAUCGGGAACUGCGGCGAACUUGUUCAUCUGGAUUUAUCUGAUAAUCAGCUUUAUGGUGAUAUACCUUUCUCCAUAUCGAAGCUGAAGCUACUUGAGUUUUUGAAUUUAAAGAACAAUCAGUUGACAGGCCCUAUUCCUUCGACUUUAUCGCAAAUUCCAAACCUCAAGACUAUUGAUCUCGCUAGAAAUAAGUUCAUUGGAGAGAUACCGAGGCUUCUCUAUUGGAAUGAAGUAUUGCAAUACCUUGGGUUGCGAGGGAACAUGUUGACUGGAAUUUUGUCUCCCGACAUUUGUCAAUUAACUGGUUUAUGGUAUUUUGAUGUCAGAGGCAAUAAUUUGACUGGUACUAUACCAGAGAGCAUUGGCAACUGCACAAGUUUUGAAAUCUUUGACAUAUCGUAUAACCAGAUUACCGGGGAGAUUCCGUAUAACAUUGGAUUUCUUCAAGUAGCUACUUUGUCGCUUCAAGGAAAUAGGUUAACCGGGAAGAUACCAGAGGUGAUUGGUUUGAUGCAAGCUCUUGCAAUUUUGGAUUUGAGCGAGAAUCUGUUAGUGGGACCAAUUCCUCCAAUAUUAGGAAAUCUAUCUUUCACCGGAAAACUAUAUCUUCAUGGAAACAUGCUUACUGGAUCGAUACCUCCCGAGCUAGGCAAUAUGUCUAAACUGAGCUACCUGCAAUUGAAUGAUAAUCAACUGGUGGGUGAAAUUCCCAACGAGUUUGGGAAGCUUGAACAUCUGUUCGAAUUGAAUCUUGCCAAUAAUCAUCUAAAUGGAUCUAUUCCACAUAACAUAAGCUCUUGCACGGCAUUAAAUCAGUUUAAUGUGCAUGGUAAUCAGUUAAGCGGUUCUAUUCCAUUGAGCUUUCGCAACCUUGAGAGUUUGACUUACUUAAAUCUCUCUGCGAACAACUUUAAAGGGAUUAUACCAGUUGAGUUAGGCCGUAUCAUAAAUCUUGAUACAUUGGACCUAUCUAGCAAUAAUUUUUCCGGUCAUGUCCCAGCAUCUGUUGGUUCUCUAGAGCAUCUUUUGACCCUGAACUUGAGCAGGAACCAUCUUGAUGGUCCCUUGUCUGCUGAAUUUGGGAAUCUCAGAAGCAUACAGAUUAUUGAUAUGUCCUUCAACAAUCUGUCGGGUAGCAUUCCUCCAGAAAUUGGACAGCUGCAGAACCUUGCCUCUCUGAUUUUGAACAACAAUCACCUGCAUGGGAAGAUUCCGGAACAGCUCACCAAUUGUUUCACUCUUUCUUCCAUGAACUUUUCUUAUAACAACUUUACCGGAGUAGUUCCGUCUUCUAAGAACUUCACGCGGUUCUCGGCUGACAGCUUCUUUGGAAAUCCUUUAUUAUGUGGAAAUUGGGUAGGAUCCAUAUGCCGUCCUUAUUUCCCAAAAUCAAGAGAGAUAUUUUCUAGAGUUGCAGUUGCAUGUCUCACUCUCGGUAUCAUCGUGUUAUUGGCUAUGGUAAUUAUUGCUAUCUAUAGAUCCAUCCAAUCGAAGCAGUUGUUGAAAGCAUCUAGCAUGUCCGACCAAGUGCCUCCCAAGCUUGUGGUUCUUCAUAUGGAUUUGGCAAUACACACUUUGGAUGAUAUAAUGAGAAGCACUGAAAAUCUCAGUGAGAAAUUUAUCAUAGGUUAUGGUGCCUCUAGUACUGUAUACAAGUGUGUGUUGAAAAAUUCCCGACCGAUUGCAGUCAAGCGAUUGUACAAUCAGCAUCCACACAAUCUAAGGGAAUUCGAAACGGAACUCAUGACAAUUGGCAGCAUUAGACAUAGAAACCUUGUUGUCUUGCAUGGCUACGCCCUUACUCCUUAUGCAAAUCUCCUUUUUUACGAGUACAUGGCAAACGGCUCUCUGUGGGAUCUUCUACAUGGUCCGCUGAAGGUAAAACUUGACUGGGAAACACGGAUGAGGAUUGCUGUUGGAGCUGCUGAAGGACUUGCUUAUCUUCACCAUGACUGCAACCCUCGAAUUGUUCACAGGGACAUUAAGUCUUCAAAUAUUUUGCUGGAUGAAAACUUUGAGGCUCGCCUUUCUGAUUUUGGCACUGCAAAAUGCAUCCCAGCAACAAAAACUCAUGCCUCAACUUAUGUUCUUGGAACUAUAGGCUAUAUUGAUCCUGAAUAUGCACGAACUUCUCGGCUGAAUGAGAAAUCAGAUGUAUAUAGCUUUGGCAUUGUUCUGCUAGAGCUACUCACUGGGAAGAAGGCCGUGGAUAAUGAUUCCAAUUUGCAUCAAUUGAUAUUGUCCAAGGCUGAUAAUAACACUGUAAUGGAAGCCGUGGAUCCUGAAGUAUCCGUUACCUGCGUUGAUUUGGCUCACGUCAAGAAGACCUUUCAACUUGCUUUGCUAUGCACAAAAAAGAACCCGUCUGAGAGGCCUACCAUGCAUGAAGUAACCAGGGUGCUUAUUUCACUUCUUCCUGCACCUCCAAGUAAAGUCAUUGCAGCUACUGGGAAGGGUUUUGACUAUGCUCCUUUUGUGGUUGAUAAGGGACAGCACCACCGAAAAUUAGAUGGACUACAACCUCAGCGCGAUAACAAUUCUUCUAAUGCUCAAUGGUUUGUUCGUUUUGGAGAUGCUAUAUCCAAGAGCUCCCUCUGA